CAUGGCCACCGGAAGUGCGUGGCCGCCUGAGGCCAUGGCGGCGCUCGGCGUCGUCUGCCUGCUGCUCGGGGCGGUAUCCUGGCCGCCGGCCUCGGCCUCGGGCGAGGAGUUCUGGGCCGGCCAGUCGGCAGCCGACAUCCUGUCGGGGGCGGCGUCCCGCAGACGGUAUCUUCUGUACGACGUCAACCCCCCAGAGGGCUUCAACCUCCGCAGGGAUGUCUACAUCCGCGUCGCCUCCCUCCUGAAGACUCUGCUGAAGACUGAGGACUGGGUGCUGGUGCUGCCCCCCUGGGGCCGCCUGUACCACUGGCAGAGCCCCGACAUCCACCAGGUCCGGAUUCCCUGGUCUGACUUCUUUGAUCUUCCGAGUCUCAACAGAAACAUCCCCGUCAUUGAGUACGAGCAGUUCAUCGCAGGGGUCGGCCUCCAUCGUCGCGCCUGUGCUUUUGAGAAACACGUCUGCACGGUUUUUUAUCGGCACGUCGGUCUCCACGUUCUCCUUUCGAAUUCACGAGGAGAGAGAAAUCCUGGGCUUGGACCCCCAGACGACCUACAACCGGUUCUGCGGGGACGAGGAGAAGGCCUGCGAGCAGCCCACGCACUGGAGGAUCGCGUACUGAGCCGCUUGCGGCACCCCGGCGGACAGGGGCCGCCCGGCUGGGCCGCGGGCCGUGCCCUCUCGGGUCUCAGGCCGCUGCGUCUGCCCUGCUGUCCCCGGCCCGGCUGUUUCUGCUGUGACCCGGCGCCGCCACCUCCCCGGGACGCGGGCUGUGUUUGCUCAGGCCCCGGAACCAUGUCUCGGCGGCCAGCGAGGCCCCCGUGCUGCCGCGGAGGUGCAGCUCGUCCUUGUGGACCGUGGUCUGGAGGGGGUCCCGCAGCGUCAGGCAGGCCUGGCGCCUGGGCUGCUCCCGUCGCGGGCCGCGGACGCGGAGCUGACCUGUCUGUGCCAUCGCAGAGCCCUGGGCCCUGCCCUUCUCCCCAGGAGACCGCGUGCCAGCUGGACGGCAGGCAGCUGCCACCUCGCAGGGCCGGGCUGAGGCCUCCGGGGGCCUGUGAUGCACCCGCCGCCCGCCUGGGUCGGAGCACCGGAACGUUCCCCGGAGGGUCCCAGUGCUCUGUGUGCUCACGUGGCGGGGCGGGGGCCCCGGGUGUCUGUGGGCUCCGUCCAGGCUGUCUGGUCUGCGUUGCCCACAGCUGCACGAGGCGGGGCUGGAUGCUCGUCCUCGAAGCCCCUCGGGGGCAGGGGUGCAGCUGAGAGGAGCAGGGUCGCUCCAGCCUUGGGGACCAGCUGCUGAACGCGGGGCAGGACCAAUCUGCAAAGCCCUGUGUGGGACCUUCAGCACGGCCGCCAUGAGGGCACCGCCUGGGCCCCCACCCCGUUCCUUCCGACCAGGCGCCCAACUUCCCACGACACCUGGGGUGACUGGUGACACGGCUGCGGGGAGCCCUGCAGAACCCGUGAGUCUGGGCCGCGGGGGUGGGGGGAGGGGUGCCCAGAGCCCCAGCCCCUCCGGAGUCUGGAGAGACCCCGAUCACGUGAGGAGGUCCCGCGGUUUCACUCUCGGCCAUGUGCGGUGAAACCACAAGAUAUUUAUUCUUUCUCCGUUUGUACAUCAGAUAUUCAUAAAAAACAUUUUUUAGAAACGGUG